AUGAAACCUUGUAAUAAUAACAUGUUUCAUAAAGAAAAAGAAUAUCUUCAUCAAAUUGCUAAAGCUAGCGAGGCAAUUAGGCGAAAACAUCGUAUGUUAAAAUUAGGAAAAGAAGAAGCUGAAAAUGUGCUGACUGAAACUUUUAAACCGAUAGUUCAACCCUUACAAAAAAUUAUUAACUUGACAGACACUGAACAUGAAAAUAUCAAGAUUGAAAAGAAAGAGCAGAAGAUGGAUGAUAGCAUAUACUUUGAAAGUGAAACUGAAAAAUCUCCAGAUGAUGAUAAAAUAAGUAAUAAAUUUCUAUACUUAUUAAAUCAUAAUAGAAAGCAAUGUUUAGAUUCAACAUACGGCAUACGUAAGCUAAGUGAUGGAUCACUUAUGAUUGGUGAUUCACCAAUAACUCUUGAAGAUCAGCAUGUAAAAAUUGGUAAUAAACAAUAUCUUCAAACGCUUGGAUUACUUGAACUUUUAUUUAAAAGUAAACCUACUACAUCGCUUAUAAGUGAAGAUGAUGAAAGAAACUAUAAAGAGAUUCUGAUUGCUACUAAUGCACACAAAAAGAAGUAUAGUUCCUCUGAAUCUAUACGUACGGAUAAGAGUUACAAGUAUUUGAAUUUUAUAUCUCAAUUCUUCCCUCGAACACCUACCAAACGGUCAUCUGUAAGCGGUAGUUCAUUACCUAAAUUUAUGAUUACAAACAAAAAUUUUCAACGAGAAUAUAUCUAUUGGGAUGAUCCAAAUGAGUUGGUUGACCGUCUUAGACUAUUAAUGGCUUCUCAAGCUGCUGGAAAUCCUAGUCACAAUAAUGAAAUCAUGUCUAUCAUUGAGGAACUACGUAACUUUGACGUUGAAGGAAGAAAACUCUCUAAUCUUGCUAACGCUGAAGAAGAAAACGACGCUGUCAAUUUAAAACUUGUACGACAUAUGAUAAAACACGAAGUGCGUUUAUUGUAUGAAGCUAGUGCCUCACUUAGAUCAGAGGUGGACAAUAACAACUUAUUUCUAAAAGUUCUUGAAGACUCUAUUACAGAAAAAAUAAAAAAUUUUGAAAAAGAUAUAAAUCAAGACUUAUCUUAUCGAACAGCUGAAAUUAUUAGUGAAUUGGAUACUCGCUUAAGUGCUCUCGAGAAUGAACAACAAAAAAUUAACAGUAGUGAAUGA